AUGUGGCUCCAGGAGGGGGAGCAACCGGCUACCCCAAUAUGCAAACAUAAGAGGGUCUCCAGACCCAACGAUAUGGCCGCCACAUCAACUCGUCGAAUCCCAUUCUUCGUCCAGUUCUUCCAGACGUGCCAAUCUCCUCACAAUUCAAAGAUGAAGUACCUGGGUCGCCGAAACCCCUUGGGUGGUCUACUGAUGCAGACCACCUUUCUCAUCUCCAACCUGCACUGCCCGACCUGCGCGUCGCACAUCGAAUCCAUCUUUUCCAGGCUGCGACCUGCGCCGGAUUCUGUCCAGGUGUCAAUUGUCUCGCACACGGUCACAGUGAGGCAUUCACGCUCGCUUGACAUCACCACCAUCGCCCAAGCUCUCGAUGAUGCCGGUUAUGACAUCUUUGACCUUGUCCCAGAUCCAACCUCGUCGCAAAGAGACCUGCCAUCCAACUUGCACCAAGGUCUGGAGCCGCCAUCAUUUGAAUACGCUCUUUCCCGAUGGCGUUCCCAUAUCGCCGAGGUCGACGCGGACAAGAGAAGCCGCCACCUCGAGCACUGCCAACAAUGUCAGCCGAGUUCGAAAUGUGCGACAGAAGAGGUUGAGAGUUUUUCCCUUGUUGUCGACCAUCUCCCAGACGUACCCAAGCAGUCCAAAGCCAACUUUGUGGUGGAAGGCAUGACCUGUAGCUCAUGUGUCGGUGCCAUCACCGGAGCACUCAACGAGCGUGUCUGGGUUCGAUCGGCCGAUGUUAGUCUCAUCACUCACAGCGCCGUAGUGAUAUUUGAUGGGGAAGACGUGCAACAUCGUGUCAAAGAGAUUAUCGAUGCGAUUGAAGAUGUUGGUUACUCGGCGUCCCUUGACGCGGUUCAAGAAUACUUUGCAUCUCGACCACCCAACAAAAGCGCCCUUGCCGACUUGUGGCAUGCGACGUACGCUAUAGACGGCAUGACUUGCAGUUCCUGCAUCGGGAACAUCACAAGGGCUCUUCAAGACUUGGAUUACGUCUCGAAAGCAGACGUGAGCCUAAUCAACCAUGCUGCCUCAGUUUACUUUGCAGGCAAGGAUCAUGUCGACGACAUCUCCACCACCAUUGAAGGGGUUGGCUACGGCGCCAGACUCGACACGUUGUCUACCGCUGAGUCCCACCCCGAGACAGGUUCAGACCGCACGAUUCCAGUUCGCAUUGACGGGAUGCAUUGCGGGCGGUGUCCCGAUCGCGUCGUACAGGCAAUGAAGCGCGUGAAGUCGGUGACCAUCGAGACCAUGCCAACUUUGAAAGAUCCUAUCUUGACGGUGUCAUACACUCCAAACCCACCGCACUUCACAGUGAGGACAUUGUUAUCAGCAGUGAAGGACACUGAUCCUUCUUUCGAAGUCUCGGUUCACCACCCCCCAACCCUCGAAGAGCGGUCCAGAAAGAUGGUGGCACGAGAACAGCGCCAUAUCCUAUAUCGCGUUGGCUUAUCUGCUGUGGUGGCUAUUCCUGCCUUUAUCAUCGGUAUUGUCUACAUGAAUCUCGUCCCCCAUGACAAUUCGGGGUAUAAAUAUCUCAUGGCAGAGCGCGCGGGGGUUACACGUGCAGAGUGGGCUAAUUGCAUUAUGGCCACUCCCGUUUACUUUUUCGCCGCAAAUCUUUUCCACCGGCGCACAUACAAGGAGUUACGCGCGCUGUGGAGGCCGGGAAGUCAAGUUCCUAUUUUCAAGAGAUUUUAUCGAUUCGGCAGUAUGAACAUGCUAAUCUCUUUUGGAACAUCCAUCGCAUACUUUGCGUCGAUCGCAGAACUCAUCAUUGCCGCAACGCGUACAUCAGCCAUGCCAGCGGACGGGUCCAUGGAAGGGAGUGGGUCAGGCAUGUCCUAUUUCGAUUCAGUGGUCUUCUUGACUCUUUUUCUCCUUAUCGGCAGAUAUAUCGAAGCAUAUAUGAAGGCCCAAGCUGGCGAUGCCGUGGCA